CCCUUCAAGAGCCCAGAGGCCCCGCGGCUCCGAGCAGACGGAGGACAUUCUGGUGUGUCAGUCAACAUGAUGAAGAGGAGGAAUCCUCACAAGAAGCAUAAGAGCGACGUGGGGCCCAGUGGAACUUUGUCCCCAGCCAAGACGAACAUUGUGGGCUGCAGGAUCCAGCACGUGUGGAAGGAAGGCAGUAAGUCGUCCCAGUGGAAGGGGACUGUUCUGGACCAGGUCCCCGUCAACCCGUCCCUCUACCUGAUCAAGUACGAUGGCUUCGACUGCAUCUACGGCCUCGAACUGCACAGCGACCAGCGCGUCCUCGGACUCCAGGUGCUGCCCGACCGAGUGGUGCCGGCCCGCGUGACGGAUGCGCUGUUGGCGGACGCCAUGAUCGGCAAGGCGGUGGAGCACAUGUUCGAAACGGAGGACGGGCCCAAGGAGGAGUGGCGGGGGAUGGUGCUGGCCCGGGCGCCCAUCAUGACGUCCUGGUUUUUCAUCACGUACGAGAAGGACCCGGUGCUCUACAUGUACCAGCUGCUGGACGACUACAAGGAGGGAGAUCUGCGCAUCAUGCCCGACGCCAGCGAGAGCACGGCGUCGGAGCGCGAGCCGGGCGAGGUGGUGGACAGCCUGGUGGGCAAGCAGGUGGAGUACGCCAAAGAGGAUGGAGGCAAGCGCUCGGGGAUGGUCAUCCAUCAGGUGGAGGCCAAACCCUCCGUCUACUUCAUCAAGUUUGACGACGACUUCCACAUCUACGUCUACGACCUGGUCAAGACGACCUAAGGCCGCUCCCGCCUCCGCCGACGCACCCUUUGAGACACACAGACACGCCCGUCGUUCUUUUGAGAACACGCCGGCCGCCGUCGGCUUUGGAUGAUGCGACGGAAGUUGUCGGUCGGCAGAGCUUGACUGGACUUCUCUGGACCGUUAGCAUCUUUAGGUUGUGUGGCUGUGAAUUCAAGUUGGCGUCAAAAUUCAUGGAAACCCGUCGUUGGCAGGCUAAGUGGAUAUACCCUUGGUGACGUCGCAACAUUUAAGGAUCUCGCUGGACUUCUAGCUUUGUUAGCGUUGCUAGCCAGCGCUCAAAUUGUUGUCCGAAUUCAUGCUAAUCUGUUGACGAGCUCAGCGGAUGCCACCGACAUCACAUUUAAGAGCCGUCCGGACCCCCAGCAUCAUUAGCUUGCGCAGAUAGCACCUGAGUUUGAGUUGAUAUUCAUGACGACACAUACUAACCGGAUGAAAUCGCAGCAUUGAUGGAUUUCUGGACUGCUAGCUUCAGUAGUAUCGUUAGCCAGCACUCAAAUUGUAUCCCAAAUCCAGGGUCAUUUGGUGGCAAUCUAUUCGGGCGCCAUUGACGUCACAUCGACAAAAGUGUCUGGUCGUCAGCAUUAUUAGCAUGUGCAGAUAGUAGCACCCGAGUUCUAGUUGAUAUUGAUGGCAACGCAUCGCUAGCAAGCUAACCAGCAUCCCAUUUAUUGACGUCGCAACAUAUAAAGCUCUGUGGACUGCUAGCUUAACUAGUAUCGUUGGCUAGCAUGGAAAUUUGUUGGCUCAUCAGUCACCAUUGACAUCACAUUUAAGAUCCGUCUUGACCGUCAGCAACAGUAGCCUGCGCGGAUAGCCUUCAAGUUCG